AUGAUUCCACUACAAGAGUUUCUUUCAAAUCUCAGACGACGUUGGCUUGAAAAAACAGUGUUUACAAGAACAAACGAGAAGUUUACAGUAGCGAUAGAGGAACUACCACCUAUUAUAGCACCUCGUCUAACUGGUACUGCUGUCAACACUGAGAUGAAAAAAAAGAGUGUAUAUCUAAAGCCACAUCAGCCAACAGGUUAGGGACACUGUAUAAUUAUAAUCUACAAUUAUCAAGGCCUGCUGUAAAAAAGAGCUUCGAAGCAUAUAUAUAGUAUAACCUGAACAUAUAAGUAUUUAAUAUAUACUACAUAACUGUUCUAACCAAUUAAUUCGUAAUUUCACUUAUUCUGUAUAUUAAGGUGACCCGGCACUUUUGCACAAACUAAUAUCGGAUGGAAAGCUUGAUAUGAGCAGAAUUGAACAGUAUGAUAGCAAGUUCAUCAAUGAUGCAGCCAUGGCUUGUGGAAUACCAACCUCUGGAAAAUCUAAGGUUUGCGGCAGUUUAAGCCACAAUACUAAUUACUUUAUAGGUAAAAGUAUUUCCUACUUUAUAUAGGUAACAGUGUUUGUUACGUCUUUAUAGGUAACAGUGUGA